AUGGCAGCGGUGGCGGAGAAGAGGGAUACCCCAGUGGUAGUGGUGGCGGAUAGACAUGCACUGUCGACGGAGGCGGCUCUUGCGCCAGUCACAAUCGAGCGGCCGGUUCGGAACGACUUGGAAAAUUAUAUUCCAAAACCUUAUGUGGCGAGAGGGUUGGUUGCCCCUGACAUGGAUCAUCCAACUGGAACACCAGGCCAUAGGCAUCACAACAUGAGUGUUCUUCAACAGCAUGUAUCCUUUUUUGAUCAAGACGACAAUGGCAUUGUUUAUCCUUGGGAAACCUAUACUGGUCUGCGGGCAAUUGGCUUUAACAUGAUUGCCUCUCUUAUAAUGGCUGUUGUUAUCAAUGGAGGUCUAAGCUAUACUACUCUUCCGGGGUGGAUUCCUUCUCCGUUCCUCCCUAUAUACAUCCACAACAUACAUAGGUCCAAGCAUGGGAGUGACUCUGGAACGUAUGACACAGAGGGAAGGUACAUGCCAGUGAAUCUUGAGAACAUAUUUAGCAAAUAUGCUCGCACAGUGCCCGACAAGCUCAGUCUGGGAGAGCUGUGGGAGAUGACAGAAGGCAAUCGAGUUGCAUUUGAUAUCUUUGGGGGGAUUACAAGUAAGUUGGAGUGGGGGAUCUUGUAUAUCCUUGCCCGGGAUGAGGAAGGUUUCUUAUCUAAGGAAGCCGUUAGACGCUGCUUUGAUGGAAGUUUGUUCGAGUACUGUGCCAAGAUGCAGGUGGGAGCUGAAGAGAAAAUGAGUUGA